GUGCCGGAUCCAGCUCAGGCUCAGACGGGCCAGCUCGCAAGGUGCAGGUCCAAGAGUUGCUCGCAAAAGGAGAGCACGUCAGCACAGUCAAGAAGUUGCCCAUCGUUCUCGCAAAGCUCAGUUUGACGAACGCGGCCAGGAUCAGGGACACCACAGGCAUGCCGUGGAACGCGGUGUUCGCCGACGCAAAGUCGCACAUCGCAGUCGAGAUGAUGGCCCGAGGCAAGUCCUGCCACGAGGCCACCAAAUUCGCGGGCCUCAUGCUGGGCUUGUCGAAGACCCAGAUCGAGCCCGAGCCGACCAACAAGCAAUGCCUGGCGGAAUUCUGGGCGAAGGAGGUGGCGGCGGAGGGCAAGACACCAAUCGACCUGCCGGGCAAAGUGAUGGACUGCGAGUGCACCGCAGCCAGAGUCAAGGGCGGUAAAUCAGACCAGGCGAAAGUCAUGACUGCGAUGCGCACGGAGUUCGGCACG